CGAUCUCUAGUGCCAGCCGAGGUGCCAGGAUGUCUGUGACUCAUGAGGUUGUGUAUAUAUCCGGAGGUUCGUUGCUGCAGGAGACGGAUAGUGAGAGUCAGAGGCGGACCGCUGCGAAGUGCUGAGCUCCUUUAAGCAAUGCCUAAUCCACAAGGCCAGUUCAAGUAGUGACAUUCCCUUAGUGAGAUCCUAAAUGCGAAUGAAAAUGUGCCGUAAAGGUCCACCAAGUAGCAUCAGACUGGGUUUGGUCCUGUCCCUGAUUCUGGCCAGCCUCCACGUCUGCGCAGGGGCUCCACUCCUGCACAGUCGCCGAAAGAUGCUCCCCGGGGACUUCCAUGCGACCAGCCCUCGCGUAGAUCCUCCAAGCGUGCGGACUAUGGGAAACAUUAUCUUCCGGAAAGAUGGUGUUUAUCUUUCCAACACGAGAGAUUCAGGCGUUAGAGGACACCAAGAGCUUAUCAGCGAAGGCGAUGACUUGACACUUGAGGAAAUGAGAGGAAUACUUUACAAAGAAAGGGAGGUGCUGAGACAGGCUAAGAUAGAGCUGAGAGACGCGUUUCUUCUCCCACAGCAGAGGUCUCACCGAACACGCCAUCACCACAGCAGAAAGCAUCAUCACAGACGAGGCAGACACAGCGAAGAGAGAAGAGGGAAAGGACACAGAAGCCGAGAGAAGAAAGGAGGAAGAAGCAGAGAGAAAAAGGGUGGAAAGAAGAGUAAAGGGAAAAGAGGAAAGGGAAGAAGCAAAGAGAGGAGGCACAGCAAGGAGAGGAGAGGAAGACGAGGGAGAGACUCGGGUAGUGAAGAGUGGCUUGGCCGGAUCCCUGACUUAUGGCCUCGAAGGACGACGCCCAAGACAGCAGCGCCUUCUGCCACGCCUUCUGCGACCACGCCCACGACCCAACCUACAACCACCACAACCACGCCCUCAACCACAACCACGCCCUCAACUACAACCACCACAACCACGCCCUCAACUACAACCACACCUUCCAUUACCACCACGAGGACCACGACCACGCCUGCGACUACAACCAUAACAACCACGCUACCAACUACAACCACAAGAACCACAACCACGCCCUCAAUCACAACCACGACCCAAUCUACAACCACCACAACCACGCCCUCAACCACAACCACGCCCUCAACUACAACCACCACAACCACGCCCUCAACCACAACCACACCUUCCAUUACCACCACGAGGACCACGACCACACCUGCGACUACAACCGUAACAACCACGCCACCAACUACAACCACAAGAACCACAAGUACGCCUGCAACUCCGACCACAACCGCCACGCCUUCGCCCACAACCACAACCUUUGCAUUCACGUUUCCCGACGGACAGCCUCUGACGCUCGAGCCCGACGCUGAGACCAUCAUUCCGCUGCUGUAGGCGUUUUAUUAGCGUUAGUUUUAGAAGCAUUGUUAUCAUCAUUAUUAUUGCUGUUGUUGGUAUAUUACUACUGUUAUUAUUAUUAUUAUUAUUAUUAGUGUUAGUAGUAGUAGUAGUAUCAUCACCAUCAUUAUCAGCAGCAUCACCAUCACCAUCAUCACUAUUACCAUUACCAUUUCCGUUUUUAUCCUCAUCAUCACCAUUAUCAUUAUCAUCACCACUAUCAUCAUUAAUUUUAGUAUUAGUAUUAUCAAUACUUUACUGAUGAUGUGACGAUUGACUAUGAUCAUUAUCUUGACUUCCAUCGUUAUUGUUAUCAUUAUUACAAUUGUAAUUAUCAUUGUCAUUACUACUUUUAUUAUUAGCACUAGCGGUAGUAGCAGCGUAUUAAGGAUAGUCGUAGAAGCGGUAGCAGCAGCGGUCGUAUUUAAUAGAAAUAAUCACAAGUAGAUAUUCUGGUCGUGUGGAUGGCAAUGGUUAGCUGAAAGAUCUUAAUGGAUGGUACUUUUCCGUAAAUGAAUGUGAUCACGAUGUAAUAUGAUCUUGUGUUACACGCUUUAUCUUAAGGAAUGUAAAUAUAUAGAUAAAAAAAAAAAUAAUUGUAUGUUAAAAAAUGUUGAAAUUACAAUAAUCCUGCAAUUAGUGUUUAAUGAUGGCACUUGACAGUACUACUCCUAAGAAAUAAGAUAAAGACAAAGCAGUGACUUGUCUUAUUAGUGUUUAACAAAACAGGAUCUUUAUAUACAUUGUACAUUAUGGCAUAAAA